UCUCACAUCUCUUCUUUCAUCAUAUUUUGUGGGGAGACUUACUCUUGAAUUCUGAAUUUUGUCAUCCAAGUUAAAAAGCCAACUUGAAAAAAUGUCAUGUGUUCUUCCAAAGCUGAAUUCUUAAAAAAAUUUUUCUGCCAAUUUUCCUUUAUUUCUAUAUUUUCAAACUUCAUAUCUUCUAAUCCUCUUUAAUUCUCCAUUGGAAAUUAUCUUUGUCACAUUUUCUAAAUGCUUACACUCUUGAUUUAAAAAGUUCUUGGAGAGUUCUGAUUCUGAUCUUGAUUUCCAUCUUAUUUAUAUUUUUAAUUUUUAAAUUGGUCUUUUGAUCUAUUCUGGAGUUUUGCAGUUUUUCCAUUAUACUUUUGUGGGCCCCCUAUAAUUUAUUGCCCUGUUAAGGGAUUUUCAAAUACUUUUCCUUCUUUAUGUAACAUUUACUUUUUUAUUGUGUCCCUUUCCAGAUCAUUUGCUCAUUUCACUGUAUUUUCUUAUUUGUCAAUUCUGCCUUCUUUGUGAUAUCCUUUCAUAUACUCUAUUUUUAUAUUUGUUAUUAUUCCUUUAUUUGAUUCAAUGCUUCUUUGAAAGAAAAGAUAGGAGCUGGGCUUAGUUGUAUCUUUUCACUCAGCUAUAUUUCCUGAAAUAAUGCUCCACUGUCUUAUUUUACUUCUUGUUUUUUCUUUUUCUUUUUUGGUUGACAUUUAAGCUGUUUGUCUCAGGGCUGGUCUUUUAAGUCACUUUUUUAUCUCCUUGUUGGGUACCAUUUCUUUUCUUUUCCAGAGUGCUGGAUCAAACAUUAUUUUUUUGGAUUUCUCUCUUAUCCAUGGUUUCACUCUGUCUCCUUUCCAGAUCAAUAAAAGUUUGAUCAGAUCAUUCACAUUGUCUGUUAAGGAGUGAGGUGGUGCUAUUGCAUCAUUGCUGAAGGGAGUCUCCAAAGGGUAAUAAGAGUAUCUACCAUUGAUGGGCCUAUCUUCAAACUCUCACUUUAUUUCUGGAAGACUUCUUUCUUCUGUUCUUCACUAUUUUGGAUAAAAACUUUGUUGUUUUUUUUGUGUCCUUAGUUAUAGUUAUAGUGUUUUACCCAUUAUUUUACAGAUUUCCAAGGAUUCACAGGAAGAGGGACAGCAAACAAAAAAUAAGAUUCCAGAAAAACGGAAAGAAAAUGAAACACAUUUCUGAAGAGAUCACUGCCUGUUUCAAAGUAAUAAGGAGAAGAAUAUUAGGAAAGCUGGACCAAGGAGACAAAACCUUGGUUUGCGUUGAGUUCAUCAUGGUGGCCAGAAUGCUACCUAUGGACAGGAGAAGAGAAGGACUACCUUUUUCAAAUAAGGGUUGGGUGUCAGUGACUCUCAGGAUGAAGAAUGUCCCCAUUGUACAAACUGACCAGUGAAUUCCAAUCUUGAGAGGAGAUUUCCAGAUGAAACCUUAUGCUUGUCUGCCAAUAAUUUGGUCUUGUACUCUGCUUUACAUCAUCAUUAAACUUUUCUUCAGAGUCUCUGAAGAAGGAAUGCAGGUGUUGGUAUCAAACACUUGGGAACCUCUGUCACCUUCACCCUUAGCUCCAUUUCUCAAUGCCCUUUCAGAAUUCCUUGCUAUUAUCCUACUUCUGGCUCUUUUUUCCCAACCUUCUAAGCAUUUUUUCUCUAUGGAGAGGAGCAAUGAGACAUCAGUGAGUGAAUUUAUCUUCCUUGGCUUCUCAUCCCUGGCUGAAUUCCAGUGGCUGCUGUUUGUGGUGUUUCUUCUCCUCUACCUGUUCACUCUGGGCACUAAUGCUGUGAUCCUGUCCACCAUCCUGCUGGAAAGAGCACUUCAUACACCUAUGUACUUCUUCCUCGGCAUUUUGUCCUCAUUUGAGACAUGCUAUACCUUUGUCAUAGUGCCCAAGAUGCUGGUGGAUUUGCUGGCCCAAGAGAAGACCAUCUCUUUUGUGGGCUGUGCUAUCCAAAUGCUCAUCUUCCUCUUCCUUGGCUGUUCUCAUUCCUUCCUGCUGGCAGCCAUGGGCUAUGACCGCUAUGUGGCCAUCUGCAAUCCUCUUCGUUACACAGUGCUGAUGGGCUAUGGGACAUGCCUGGGACUUGUAGCUGCAGCCUGUGCCUGUGGUUUCACAGUUGCCUUGGUUACAACAUCCCUUGUAUUUCACUUGCCCUUCCAUUCUUCUAACCAGCUUCAUCACUUCUUUUGUGACAUCUCUCCUGUCCUUAAGCUGGCUUCCCACCACACUCGCCUUAGUCAGAUGGUCAUCUUCAUGCUGGGCGUAUUUGUCCUAGUCAUCCCCUUGCUGUUAAUUCUAGCCUCAUAUAUCCGUAUCAUCUCUGCCAUCCUAAAGAUCCCUUCCACGGUGGGGAGGUACAAAGCCUUCUCUACCUGUGCUUCCCAUCUCAUUGUUGUCACUGUCCAUUAUGGUUGUGCCUCCUUCAUUUAUUUGAGGCCCAAGACCAACUAUACUUCAAGCCAGGAUGCUCUGAUAUCUGUGUCCUAUACCAUUCUAACUCCAUUAUUCAAUCCCAUGAUUUAUAGUCUCAGAAAUAAGGAGUUCAAGGCAGCUCUUUGGCGAGCAAUGGGUCAGAACAUGUGUCCCAAACAUUCAAGAACAUGCUCUUCUACUUGACUUCUUUCCCCAACUCUGGUUCUCUAAUUGUGGUGGGGGAGGGAUUGACUAACUUCAGGAGAAAAAGAAUGUGAUUUAAAAUCAGGAGAAAACUGAAUUUGUAUUAUUAUUUGGAUAAAUUGUGUGACCAUGGGGGAAAACUCUUAUGCUCUUUAAGCCUUGAUUUUUCAUCUCAAAUGUCCAAAGCUAUCUUUAUGUUGAAAGAUCAGAUGUUGUAUUUGUGAAUUUUCACAUGAUAGUAUCUCUAUCAUCCCACAGGAUUUUUGGAAGGAUCUAAUGUGAUAAUCUACAUAAAGGAUUUUUUUUUUUUUGUAAAUGGCUAAAGGAAUCCAUCAUGGCAUAAUUGAUAGAAAGCCAGUCUCAGAGUCAAGAAGACUUGAGUUCACAACUCAACUCUGAUGUAUUCUAGCUAUGUGACUUUGGAAAAGUCACAUAUUGCUUCAGUUCCCUAGGAUAUAUUCUAAGACUGUCAGUUUCAGAGCAAGUGAUGAUCUACAUUGAUAGAUGGAGUUUUUCCAUUGAGAAUACCUUAUAAUAGUGAAAUUCACAGAUCUGGCUUAACAAAUAAUUUCAAUGUCAGCUGUCAUAUCUAUGAUCAUUAAUGUCAGAAAUAUAAUCCUAACAAGAAUGAUAAAUCUCCAGUUUUUAUGUUCUAAAAGCAAUUUUGCCAUUCUCCUAUUAUUUCAUUGUUUGCUCUUGACUCCACUGAGGUUUUUGCUCAGCACUAGAGAGAGUGGGCUGAGAAGGUAGCCAGUAUCUAUGAUCCUAUAGUAGCUUGGUUCCAUUGACAUAAACUGCAUUUUUAUCUCUCCCUUGGCACUGUACAAAUGAACCUCCCCUAUUUUCAUUGGGGUUUUCAUUGGGGACAAGGUGAGAAGAUGGGAAUGCAUAAUCGUGAGUUUAUCUUAUUUCUGGAAAUACAAGUCAAAACACAUACCUACUGCUAAUGGGUCACUAGCAUCAUCUGUGAAAUAAGAAUGCACUUAUUAAAAUUAAUAAACUAAGCUAAUUACUAGACAACAUAAAGCCCAAUGAUUUUUUUCAUUGAAUUUGAGUUUGUUUCCACAACUUGGUGGGAAAACAUAGUCAAGGUGCCUUAUAACUUAGUGGUCAGAUGGACCAAAACAUCAUAGAAAUACUAUUAAUAACUGGUAGAGCUCUGGAAAGAAAAACAACCAACAACAACAACAACAAAAAACAGAACCUCUUGUCCUUCCUUAGAGUCCAUAUCUUUUUCCUCAUGUAAUUAUUCAGCAUAGAGAAAUGCCUCCUCUUCUAUAUAAAAGUCCAAUUUCCAUUCUCGUACAAUAGUCUUACAUAGCAAGGACCCUGGCAACCUAGAAAAUGAAAAAAAUGGCUAAUCCAAAUGUUAAAUGUUAAUACUAUUUCAUUGUUGUAUAGUUUUUACAAUUCUUUUGGCCCCUUGACCCUGGGAGAGAGUCACUCAGCCCUUUUUGACUUCUAGGAUAAAUUAGUCUUUGCUAUGCCAUUAUUGAGUUUGAUAUUCUUGUCACUUUUAGAAAAUCUGGAGACCUCAUUAUCAUGAUCAAUCACUUGUAUUACUCAUGCAGUUAGAUAUUGUUUUAAGUUCAUAAGAUUUCUUUAAAUGGUCUUUAAUUAGAACCUAAGGAAACAUGGAAUAUACUGUCUCUUUUAGGGUUUAUUGAGAAAAAUAUGAAAAAAAUAUGAAAAACAAUUCCUGAAAUAGUUAUUCUCAGAUUUACCCUUCCGAAAGUUUUCAAACCAUGAAGGUGAUAAGUUAUAUAGAACUGAGGAAUUAUGGAUAUCAGCAGUGCUUGAUAUUUUUGGGAGGAAUAAUGUUACUUUUCAGAUUAUAUGUAGAAUGGGAUUUUGCUUAUAAAUCAUAAUCUAAGGUGGAGCUUUUGUGAAGAGGAUCCUGGAACUGAAACUUGAAAGAGGAGAGAAGAGGUGAAAGGACAGAUUUCAGAACUGCAUCAGCUAAAUUUGAAGUGCUAGACAUCACAGCUGCCAUUGAUGAUUAAGACAAGUUGAUUACACCCUGGUAAGAGAGACUUGUAAGUUACUUCAGAGAUCAACUAGCUUAGAUGUGUUUAAUCAGGUGUUGGUCAAACAUGGUUUACAUCAACCCAGUAAUGAAAAUAUCUGUUCAAUGCAGAUACUACAUUCAUCAAAGAACUUUUAUUGAUAGUUCCUCAGAAAAAAAGGAGUUUAUGAUUCCAAAGGUAUGAGUUACCCUGAACACUUGUUUGUUUUUCACUCAUAUGCUUUGAUGCCACGUUUCUGUGCAUGGGCCCACUCUCUCCCACUGUUUAUCCAGUUUUUGGGGGGUAGAUUAUGGUAUAUUUAGUGUUCAUUUGACUACUUUGGUACCUGAAUACCUUUGACACUAUUUUUUUUUCUGCUUUAUUUUUAGUAAAUGGCUAUAUUUAAGAUGCUAAAUUGUCAUUGUUGAGGCAGAAUGAAAAUGGUGGCUUAGAGUCAGCAGCAGCUCAGACCCCCAGCAAACCCUUCCUCACCCAUCAAAAAUACUAUGCUUCCAGGGAACUGAAAACCAAAUCUAACAACAGGACAGAACUAGGGAACCCUCCCCCUGGACCCAACUUAAAAGGUAUGGCCCCCUCCCCCCAAAAGCCUCAAUUCAAGAACAUGUGGGUUUAAGGGGAACGAAGAAGUAAGGUCCCAGGACCCCUCCCCCACCUACAGUGCUGAGCCUCCAGCUUUGGCUGGAAUCACUGGGCAGGCAAGGGCGUUAGUCCAGAGGGAGGACCUUACUGGCACAGCUGUGCCAGGCUCAAGGUGUUGAACACAUGCAGCAUUGAGGCAGCUGGACAGGAAGCACAGAGCAGGCAGCCUAGUUGCAGCCAAGAGGCCCUGUUUUGGCCCCAGGGCACAGCCAGCUUUACAGAUCAACUCUGCCCUGACUCAAUCUCAUCAAUAGGGCAGAUAAGAAGCCUUCAUAGGGAAAGGAAAUUCAAGCUCCAAUACCCCUCCCCCACAGACUGAUCUGAGAGCCUUCCUCCAAGGGGCAGAGGCAGCAACAAACUAUAGGCAACAACUUUGAUAACUAGGCGAAAAGCCCAGCUCCUUCUCAGCUUCUGCUGACAGCUGGGGAAGAUCUGACUAACCUGAUCAAUCAGUAGAACUCCCUAAGAAAAAAUCCCCAGAUCUAGAUGGAUUCACAAAUGAAUUCUAUCAAACAUUCAAAGAACUAAUCCCAAUAUUAUACAAACUAUUUGACAGAAUAAGCAAAGAAGGAGUUCUACCAAAUUCCUUUUAUGACACAAAUAUGGUACUGAUUCCAAAACCAGGCAGGUCAAAAACAGAAAGAAAACGACAGACCAAUCUCCUUAAAUGACAUAGAUGCAAAAAUCUUAAAUAGAAAACUAGCAAAAAGACUCCAGCAAGUGAUCAUGAGGGUUAUUCAUUAUAAUCAGGUGGGAUUUAUACCAGGAAUGCAAGGAUGGUGCAAUAUUAGGAAAACCAUCCACACAACUCUCCAUAUCAACAAGCAAACCAACAAAAAUCACAUGAUUAUCUCAAUAGAUGCAGAAAAAGCCUUUGACAAAAUACAACACUCAUUCCUAUUAAAAACACUAGAAAGCAUAGGAAUAGAAGGGCCUUUCCUAAAAAUAAUAAACAGCAUAUAUCUAAAACAAUCAGCAAACAUCAUCUGCAAUGGGGAUAAACCAGAAGCAUUCCCAAUAAGAUUGGGAGUGAAACAAGGAUGCCCAUUAUCACCUCUAUUAUUUGACAUUGUACUAGAAACAUAGUAGCAAUUAGAGAAGAAAAAGAAAUUGAAGGUAUUAAAAUAGGCAAUGAGGAGACCAAGCUAUCACUCUUUGCAGAUGAUAUGAUGAUCUACUUAAAGAAUCAACUAAAAAGCUAGUAGAAAUAAUCAACAACUUUAGCAAAUUUGCAGGAUACAAAAUAAACCCACAUAAGUCAUCAGCAUUUCUAUAUAUCCCUAACCCAAUUCAGCAGCAAGAAUUAGAAAGAGAAAUACCAUUUAAAAUCACCCUAGACAAUAUAAAAUACUUAGGAAUCUAUCUGCCAAGACAAACACAGGAACUAUAUGAACACAACUCAAACCAUUUUCCUCACAAUUAAAACUAGGUCUAAAUAAUUGGAAAAACAUUAAUUACUCAUGAGUAGAAUGAGUUAACAUAAUAAAAAUGACAAUCCUACCCAAACUAAUUUACUUAUUUAGUGCCAAACCCAUUGAACUACCAAAAAUAUUUUUUACUGAAUUAGAAAAAACAUAACAAACUUCAUUUGGAAGAACAAAAGAUCAAGAUAUCCAGGGAAAUCAUGAAAAAAAAAAUGUGAAGGAAGGUGGCCUAGCAGUACCAGAUCUCAAACUAUAUUAUAAAGCAAUGGUCAUCAAAACAAUAUGGUAUUGGCUAAGAGACAGAAAGGAGGAUCAGUGGAAUAGACUUAGGGUAAGUGACCUCAGCAAGACAGUCUAUGAUAAAUCCACAGAUCCCAGCUUUUGGGACAAAAAUACACUAUUUGAUAAAAACUUCUGGGAAAAUUGGAAGACAGUAUGGGAGAGAUAGGGUUUGGAUCAACAUCUCACACCCUAUACCAAGACAAACUUAGAAUGGGUAAAUGACUUGAAUAUAAAGAAGGAAACUAUAAGUAAAUUAGGUGAACAAAGAAUAGUAUACUUGUCAGAUAUUUGGGAAAGGAAAGAUUUUAAGACCAAGCAAGAGUUAGAAAAAAAGUUACAAAAUGUAAAAUAAAUAAUUUUGAUUAUAUUAAAUUUAAAAGGUUUUGUACAAACAAAACCAAUGCAACCAAAAUUAGAAGGGAAGCAACAAACUAGGGGGAAAAUCUUCAUAACAAAAACCUCUGACAAAGGCCUAAUUGCACAGAUUUAUAAAGAGCUAAAUCAAUUGUACAAAAAAUCAAGUCAAUCCCCAAUUGAUAAAUGGGCAAGGGACACAAAUAGGCAAUUUUUAGUUAAAGAAAUCAAAACUAUUAAUAAGCACAUGAAAAUGUUCUAAAUAUCUUAAAACUAGAGAGAUGCAAACCAAAACAACUCUGAGGUACCACCUCAUACCUAGCAGAACUGCUAAUAUGACAGCAAAGGAAAGUAAUGAAUGUUGGAGGGGAUGGGGCAAAGUUGGGACAUUAAUGCAUUGCUGGUGGAGUUGUGAAUUGAUCCAACCAUUCUGGAGAGCAAUUUGGCAAUAUACCCAAAGGUCACUAAAAGACUGUCUGCCCUUUGAUCCAGCCACAGCACUGCUGGGUUUGUACCUCAAAGAGAUAAUAAGGAAAAAGACUUGUACAAGAAUAUUCAUAGCUGUGCUCUUUGUGGUGGCAAAAAAACUGGAAAAUGAGGGGAUGCCCUUCAAUUGGGGAAUGGCUGAACAAAUUGUGGUAUAUGUUGGUGAUGGAAUACUAUUGUGCUCAAAGAAAUAAUGAACUGGAGUAAUUCCAUGUGAACUAGAACAACCUCCAGGAAUUGAUGCAAAGUGAAAGGAGCAGAACCAGCAGAACCAGAACAGAGACUGAUACACUGUGGUACAAUUGAAUGUAAUGGACUUCUCCAUUAGUGGCAAUGCUGUGAUUCAGAACAACUCAGAGGGAUUUACAAGAAAGAAUACUAUCCACAUUCAGAGGAAAAACUGUGGCAGGAGAAACACAGAAGAAAAACAACUGCUUGAUCACAUGGUUCGAUGGGGAUAUGAUUGGGGAUGUGGACUCUAAGCGAUCACCCUAGUGCAAACAUCAACAACAUAGAAAUAACUUUUGAUCAAGGACACAUGUAAAUCCCAGUGGAAUUGUGUGUUGGUUAUGGG